AUGCGCCGCCCGCGCCGCGCCGGCUGCCGCGGCCGCCUCCGCACGCUGCUGCUGCUGCUGCCGUUCGCCGCGCUGCUCUCCGUCGCCACCUUCUCGCUCCACUCCCCUGGCGGCCUCGGCGUCGGCCUCGGCUUCGUCGUGCCCGCCGCGGUCACGGUCGCCACGUCCACGUCCACGACCAGUGCCGCCACCGACACCGACACCGCGGCGUCGCCCCGCCACCGCCACGGGUGGCCCACCGUCUCGAGGAUCGACCUCCGGGCGCUCAACGCGACCCCGCCGCUCCACGCCGCGGCCGUCCGCGCGUUCCGCUCCGGCGGGCGCCUCCUCCGGGAGGCCCUCCUCUCCGCCGCGGCGGCGCCGCCGCCCGAGGGCGUGGGAGGAGGAGGCGGCGGGCCGGACCCGCCGCCUCGGUGCCCGCCCUUCGUGGCGCUGUCCGGGGCGGAGCUCCGCGGCGCGGGGGAGGAUGCCCUCGCGCUGCCCUGCGGCCUGGGGCUGGGGUCGCACGUCACGGUGGUGGGCUCGCCGCGGCGGGUCGCCGGCAACGCCGUGGCGCAGUUUGCGGUCGAGGUAAGGGGCGCGGGGGACGGGGAUGAGGCGGCGAGGAUCCUCCAUUUCAAUCCGCGCCUCCGUGGGGACUGGAGCGGCCGGCCGGUGAUCGAGCAGAACACCCGAUUCCGCGGCCAGUGGGGUCCCGCGCUCCGGUGCGAGGGCUGGCGGUCGCGCCCCGACGAGGAGACUGUUGAUGGAUUGGUGAAAUGUGAGCAAUGGGGUGGGCACUAUGGCAGCAAGCUCAACGAGUUGAAGAAAAUGUGGUUUCUCAACCGUGUUGCCAGACAGAGGAACAGAGGUUCAAUAGAUUGGCCAUACCCUUUUGUAGAGGACGAAUUGUUUGUUCUGACACUAAGCACCGGUUUAGAAGGCUACCAUGUUCAAGUUGAUGGGAAGCAUGUCACUUCUUUUCCUUACCGUGUUGGCUAUAACCUUGAGGAUGCUGCUAUCUUGUCGGUGAAUGGCGAUGUUGACAUUCAAUCAAUAGUUGCUGGUUCAUUACCUAUGGCUCAUCCUAGCAAUGCAGAGAGAAACCUGGACUUGCUUACAGAACUGAAAGCACCCCCUCUUCCUGAAGAACCUAUAGAGUUGUUCAUAGGCAUUCUUUCAGCAGGAAGCCAUUUCACAGAGCGCAUGGCUGUGAGGAGAUCAUGGAUGUCUUCAGUACGAAAUUCGUCGAGCACCAUGGCUCGGUUUUUUGUAGCAUUGAAUGGAAGAAAAAAAGUGAAUGAAGAUUUGAAGAAAGAAGCGGAUUUCUUUGGGGACAUUGUCAUUGUGCCUUUUGCAGAUAGUUACGAUCUGGUUGUUCUGAAGACUGUUGCCAUUUGCGAAUAUGCGACACGUGUUGUUUCUGCCAAGUACAUCAUGAAGUGCGACGAUGAUACAUUUGUCAGACUUGAUUCAGUGAUGGCUGACGUUAAGAAAAUCCCAUAUGGUAAAAGCUUCUAUCUUGGGAACAUUAACUACUACCACCGACCGCUGAGAGAAGGAAAAUGGGCUGUGUCAUUUGAGGAGUGGCCCAGGGAUGCGUACCCGCCCUACGCCAAUGGUCCUGGCUACAUUGUUUCUUCUGACAUUGCAAACUUCGUCGUGUCCGAAAUGGAGAAGGGCAGACUAAAUCUGUUCAAGAUGGAGGAUGUAAGCAUGGGCAUGUGGGUGGGGCAGUUCGUCGACACGGUGAAGCCCGUGGAUUACAUUCACAGCCUCCGGUUCUGCCAGUUCGGCUGCGUCGAUGACUACCUCACCGCACACUACCAGUCGCCGGGGCAGAUGGCCUGCCUCUGGGACAAGCUGGCACAAGGAAGGCCCCAGUGCUGCAACGCAAGAUGACACCCAGCUCGGGAGAACCUGUAAGUUAAAAUCUUCAGGAAAACCUGAUAAGUUUACUCCUGCCACAUCACAUGUACGCAUAGUGUCGUAUAGAGGUUUGCUUCUUUUUCUUUUAUCCCUUUGAGAGAAUUAUAUACAUAUAGGAGGGGAAUAUACCCAUAUAGAAGGCUUACUGAAAGCAGUGGUGAAUACAUAUUCAUCACUAGGAAAAUACAUAUCAUCAGGUAAUAUAUGUAACUUAUACAGUUAUACUACGUCAUAUCUGUACAAUAACAUACUUAACAGUUAAUACCAUGGUCACAUCUCUCUGGCACAUGAU